AUGUCUGACUCAAAAGCUAUGGGAACUCCAAUGAGUCCUACUUGUAAUCUUGAUAAGGAUGAGACAGGAAAACCUGUUGAUGAAACUAAGUAUUGCGGUAUGAUUGGAUCGUUGCUUUACCUAACUGCUAGUCGACCAGAUAUUAUGUUUAGUGUGUGCAGGUGUGCUAGAUUCCAAGCUGCUCCAAAGGAAUCUCAUCUUACUGCUAUCAAGCGUAUUAUUAGAUACCUUUAUGGAAUAACUAACUAUGGUUUAUGGUAUCCUAACACCAACGAUUUUACACUUGAAGGUUUUUCAGAUGCAGACUUUGCAGGUGAUAAAGAUGAUAGAAAAAGUACCUGUGGUACUUGCCAGCUUCUAGGAAAAUCUCUUAUUUCCUGGAAUAGCAAAAAACAGGGAUCAGGAGAUUUUGAAAUAGUUUUUGUUAACACUGAAAACCAGCUUGCUGAUAUUUUUACUAAACCUCUUCUUGAAGAACGUUUCUGCAUGCUAAGAAGAUCUUUGGGAAUUAUUGAUCAAUCUGUCUAA